AAGUGAAUUUUCUUAAUUUUUGUGUUUUCGCGAUUUUUUAUCAUGUUUAUAGGUCAAAACAACAACACCAGAGCAAUAUGAGAAAUUGGCUGAAAUGAUGGCAGCAAAAAGAGAUAUAGCGCAGGGUUUUCAACAGCGAUCCAAAGAAGAAGUGCAGGCGUUUUGGAACGAGGUAGUAACUUCCCUAAAUGCAUUAGGUCCCCCAUCUAAGGACUCCAAUGCAUGGAGAAAGGUGUGGAUUGACUGGAAAUGCUACAUAAAACGGAAGCUAUCAGAUAACAAAAAAGAAAUGAUGAGCACCGGUGGAGGUCAAUGCCGUUUGCAGCGCAUAACCCCACUUGAAGAGCAAGUCAUAGAAUUGACGGGCUUAAUAAGGUACACAAGUGGAAUUAGAGGUGCGCUGGAUUUUGGAGAUAGUGCUCAGGUCCAACACGAUGCCCAAACGGAAAUGGACAUUUCUGCUUCUUCGGUGGAUCCAGAUGGUUUACCUUUAACCAGUAGAGCAAGCAGCCAACACCGAGAAAGAAGCGGAAAAUUGAGAUUAAGAUGGAGAUGGUAAGGCUGGAGCAUCCAGGCCAUAAUCUUGAUUAGCAACUUCAAACACGUCGAAGAACUUUAUUGUCAACCUUGCACCUAAAAUUUUUAAUUUUUAUUUUCUUUUGUUGUUUUUAUUAAAUGCAUAUUACCCACCGUGAUA